AUCUCUUCACGCUCUCAUGCACCGUGUAUUGUACCAGAAUACACGCUUUGAUCCAUCAGCGCGGUACCAGUCACGUGCUGCCGCACUUUAGCGCGACUACUGAACCCUGAUAACGACUCAUUGCGAAUAAAAAGUUAAGUGCAUAACGACUGUGCAUUCAUGUUCAACAGUAUUUUCCGCACUCGAUCACUGAAACAGGCAGCAAACAUUCGACAUCACGUCAAUGCGUCUACGUCGCCAGCCAUGGAUACCCGAAUUCUACCAGUUGAUGUGGGCAAGAUUGGCUCUAUGAGGGCCAAGUCAGCAACGAACGAUAUCCUGGAUGAGCUCGAUUUCCAGAUCGACGACGAGUCCAUAGACGCACAGAACCUCCAGCAGGCUGCAAAGGACCUCAAGACUUCCGAUGUGCCCGUCGCUUUUCCAACGGAGACAGUAUAUGGCCUGGGCGCUGAUGCCACCAGGAGUGACGCAGUCAAAGGCAUUUACAAGGCUAAGCAAAGACCUUCUGACAAUCCACUCAUUGUGCAUUUCCAUUCUCUGCAACAGCUUAGAUCCCUGCUUCACGGCCACGCGUCAUCUGAGGCCAACGGUGUGGGCGAAGACCCCAUACCAGCCAUUUAUCACUCACUGAUCUCGCGAUUCUGGCCUGGACCUCUCACGAUCAUCUUGCCAAAUCCAAGCAAUUCUCCACUUGCUCCAGAAGUCACGGCAGGCUUGCAGACAUUCGGUGCGCGCAUGCCAAGGCAUCCCCUUGCACUCGCUCUCCUGUCACUUGCCGAUAUCCCGGUAGCUGCACCGUCUGCGAACGCUUCUACCAAACCUUCUCCCACUGCUGCGGAGCAUGUAGCAUACGAUCUCGAGGGACGAAUAUCGACAAUAUUAGAUGGUGGGCCAUGUGAUGUAGGCGUCGAAAGCACCGUUGUGGAUGGCAUCUCCCAGCAACCACCCGUUGUUCUGCGGCCAGGCGGCAUCAGUCUGGAGCAGAUCCGCUCAUGUCCUGGCUGGGAGGACACGCAAAUUGGAUACAAAGACACCUCGGAGAAAGGAGCACAACCUCGAGCUCCUGGCAUGAAAUAUAGGCACUAUUCUCCAAAGGCGACUGUCGUGCUCUUUGAAGCUGGAAAAAGCCCGCCAUCGAGUGACGAGCUCAAAGCUCACAUAGGGGAAAAGGCGAGAAUCGGACUUGUGCGCACAAAAUUGUGGCAACUCGACAUCUCUGCUUCAAACGCAAUAACGGUACACGAAAGUGGCACCAAGGGAAACAUGGUCGAACGCACAUCAUCAGAACAGGGAGCAGGAUUCGCGGGCAUGUUGAAGACCUUGCAAGAGACCAAUUGGUCCAAGAUCGUUCCAACGAAGCACGCGGCCAGCAUCGCUGGUAACCCUGUUGAACUCGUUGAUGUCGCACUGGGAGAUGAUACAGAGGAUGUCGCCCGGGGCAUCUUCUCGGCUUUGCGAGAUCUGGACAGAUUAGAUGUCGAUGCGAUCUUCGUGGAAGGCAUUGACGAUAAUGAAGGAUCUCUAGCUGCCGCCGUCAUGAACCGACUACGCAAAGCAGCUGAGGUCCGAGUGAAAGAUUGAUGAGGAAGAACCCCAUAGCCUACGAUGACAUGCAAGACACGCAAGACUCAAAAACGAUUUCUGUACACAGCAGACCUCUAGCCGGAGGACUACAUUAACACAAGGGUUGAUUCAAGCACAUCAUUCUGCAGCGAGAUACCCCAGAGUCUUGGCAAGUCUCCGUGCGCGACCAAUCCCAACGUUCAGAGCCUCGGUUUCCGGC